UUAAUUUAGCUACUUAUCAAAAUAAUAUGGAUCCUAUGUAUAUUGCCAUGAGUUACUUUAGAAGAAAAAGAUUUGAUAACUGUUUGGAAAUAUUGUCAAAUAUACUUACUAAGAAUCCCUAUGAUCAGGCUGCAUGGUCCUUAAAAACUCGUGUUUUAACUGAACAAGUUUACGUAGAUGAAGUUGAAGUAGAUGAAGAGGGUAUAGCUGAGUUACUAAUGGAUGAUACAGCUAUUGCGCAAAUUGCCAGACCUGGAACAUCAUUAAAACAAACAAACAAUAACAAUGGAGGCCCUAGUCCUGCAGUUAGGCCUACAACUCAAUCAGGACGCCCAGUGAGUGGAUUUGUACGACCUGGAACACAAGGAGGCAGGCCAGGAACUAUGGAACAGGCCAUCAAAACACCUAGAACUGCAAAUACAGCAAGACCUGCAACAACUGCAUCUGGUAGAUUUGUAAGACUUGGAACAGCAUCAAUGUUAACCCAACCAGAUGGCCCUUUUAUUAAUGUUUCUAAAAUAAAUUUUGCAAAGUAUGUUGAACGGCCAAAUCUUGCUAAGGAGUUAUUUGAAUAUAUUUUUAUGCAUGAAAAUGAUGCUCGAAAUGCACUUCAGCUUGCAGCUCUUGCUAUUGUUGCUACUGAAUACAAAGAUUGGUGGUGGAAGGUGCAGCUUGCAAAAUGCUAUUAUCGGUUAGGUUUAUACAGAGAUGCUGAAAAACAGCUCAUAUCUUCACUUCGUGAUGAGCAAAUAGUUGAUACUUAUCUGUAUCUUUGCAAAGUUUAUGUGAAACUUGAUCAGCCAUUAACUGGUAUUGAAAUUUUAGUGAAGGGGCUUGAAAAAUUUCCACAAGAAACUACUCUAUUAGUAGGAAUAGCCAGAAUAUAUGAGGGAAUGAAUGAUGUCAUAAAUUCUACAAAGUUUUACAAAGAUGUACUUAUUAGCGACAAUACCAAUGUUGAAGCAAUUUCAUGCAUUGCAACAAAUUACUUCUAUUCUGAUCAACCUGAAAUUGCUUUAAAGUUUUUCAGACGCUUAUUACAGAUGGGAGUUUAUAAUUGUGAAAUCUUUAACAAUAUUGGUUUGUGUUGCUUCUAUGCUCAACAAUAUGAUAUGGCAUUAAAUUGUUUUGAAAGAGCACUUGCACUUUCUUCAGAUGAUAAUAUGGCCGAUGUAUGGUAUAAUAUCAGCCACAUAGCAAUUGGUAUCGGUGACAUGAGGUUAGCAUAUCAAUGUUUACGCCUAUCAUUAUCAGUCAACAGCGAUCAUGCUGAAGCAUUUAACAAUCUUGGUGUUUUGGAGCUCAGGAGGAAUAACUCUGAAGAGGCUCGAUCUCAUUUUCAGUCAUCUAUAUCUUUUGGUGAACAUAUGUACGAACCACACUAUAAUCUAUCAUUUCUUUCAGAACAGAUUGGCGAUACUCAAACUAGUUUUCAGGCUUUAAAACGAUCUUUAGAGAUCUUUCCUGAUCAUGCUGAAGGAAAAGAUUUACUUAAACUUUUAAGAAAACAGUUGGCAGCAGUUUAAUCAAUAUAUGUUUAAUCAAAUAAUAAAUGAAAGUACUGUUCUCUUGCAAAAAUUCGACAUAUUGUAAAACAAGUUAAUAGCAAGUUUUGCUAUCAUGUAAAAAAUUUAUAAAAACAUAGCAAUAUAUCAAAUAUAUUAAAACCUUAUAUAUACACAAAUACACACACGUACACAAACAAAUUAAAAUAUAAUAGUAUAUAUUUAAUAAUCUAUAUUAAUUUUAAAUAUAUUGAAAUAUACAUGUAUAUUGAGUACCGGAUGAUUUUAUGAUGACAUUUUAACUAUAUUUAUGAAU